CCGGAGGCACACUGCAGCUCCGCGCGGACUCUCCGGCUCCGGCGAGGUGGCUGCAAACUAGCAGGCACGCACGACGCUCGGGGAGCUGAGGGACUCGGAGGAGGGGACGCGCGCGGAAGGCGCCGGCUCCGAGCUCUCACCCGCCCCUCGCAGCGCAAGCGGAGGUUGGAGGAACCCCCGGCCCAGCCUGGCAGAGCCGCCGGCGGCUUCCCUUUUCUCCCCCAGUGAGCUCCGGGGCGCUGCGAGGACCGGCCCUAAAAAGAGCAGGAAAUCUUGUUUACCGCCCGGGGAGAGGAGCCGGUCGAGCCUUUGUUUGGGAAGUCAGCAUCUACGGCUCCGGCUGCAGUGUGUUCCUGGUGAAUUAGUCUUGGGCAGACCGGCCGGAGAAGGGGAGGUCGCCAGGUUCACGUCUGGCUUCAGAGGCGGAUCGAGCGGGUGACUUUUGUGCAUUCAUUUUACAUUUUUGGAAAUCUCUUUUUUUCCCCCUCGCCCGCCACCGGGCAUGUCCUGAUCUGACGGCCGCUCCUCCCGCCUUGGGCUGCGGAUCAGAGCGGUUUCUAGCGGGGCUUCCUCCCUCCGUCCCUGACUUUGAAACGCCGCGUUCCGGGAGGACCGACCUCGGCGAGGAAGGAGGCGGAGGAGUCGAGAACACCCAGACCUAAACCUUGACAUGCUCUCAGGCGGAGACAAGGAAGCCAGGAGCUGAGCCCAUCGCCGGGGCUGCUGCGCCGGCCGGCUCCGAGUGAGAGGCUCCGCGCGUUUUGCCCUGCGCCUGGGCGGCAGCCUUGUUGUUCUGGGGGGCGACCCCCCGCUUCCCGUUCCGGGGGCCCGCGGCCGGCAGGACCAUGCUACUGAAGGAGUAUCGGAUCUGCAUGCCGCUCACCGUGGACGAGUACAAAAUCGGACAGCUGUACAUGAUCAGCAAGCACAGCCACGAGCAGAGCGACCGAGGGGAAGGAGUGGAGGUCGUCCAGAAUGAGCCCUUUGAAGACCCUCACCACGGCAAUGGGCAGUUCACCGAGAAGCGCGUGUAUCUCAACAGCAAACUGCCUAGUUGGGCUAGAGCUGUUGUUCCCAAAAUAUUUUAUGUUACAGAGAAGGCUUGGAACUAUUAUCCCUACACGAUUACAGAAUACACAUGCUCCUUUCUGCCGAAAUUCUCCAUUCACAUAGAAACCAAGUAUGAGGACAACAAAGGAAGCAACGACAGCAUUUUUGACAGUGAAGCCAAAGACCUCGAGAGAGAAGUUUGCUUUAUUGAUAUUGCCUGCGAUGAUAUUCCAGAACGUUACUACAAAGAAUCUGAGGAUCCUAAACAUUUCAAGUCCGAGAAGACAGGACGGGGACAGUUAAGGGAAGGCUGGAGAGAUAGUCACCAGCCCAUCAUGUGUUCUUACAAGCUGGUGACCGUGAAGUUUGAGGUCUGGGGGCUUCAGACCAGAGUGGAACAAUUUGUACACAAGGUGGUCCGAGAUAUUCUGCUGAUUGGACAUAGACAGGCUUUUGCAUGGGUCGAUGAGUGGUAUGAUAUGACAAUGGAUGAUGUUCGGGAAUACGAGAAAAACAUGCAUGAACAAACCAACAUAAAAGUUUGCAAUCAGCAUUCCUCCACUGUGGAUGACAUAGAGAGCCAUGCCCAAACAAGUACAUGACAAUGGAUGAAGUCCGGGAAUUCGAACGAGCCACUCAGGAAGCCACCAACAAGAAAAUUGGCGUUUUCCCACCUGCGAUUUCUAUCUCGGGCCUUCCCCUGCUGCCUUCUUCAGUGCGUAGUGCGCCUUCUAGUGCUCCGUCCACGCCUCUCUACACAGACGCACCAGAAUUUCUGGCCGUUCCCAAAGAUCGGCCCCGGAAAAAAUCGGCCCCAGAAACUCUCACGCUUCCAGACCCUGAGAAAAAAGCUACCCUGAAUUUACCUGGCAUCCACUCUUCCGAUAAGCCAUGUCGGCCCAAAUCAGAGUAACUUCCUAUGAAUAUUUCACGGGGUUUUAUAUUUUUGUUUUGGGCGGUUUUGUUUUUGUUUUUCUAGACUCUUCUAAUAUAGAAAGACUGCUUUGUCACUCAAACAUGUUCCUUCGAUCUCUGAGUGUGCAUGUGGUUAAGUAAUUUCACAUAUAAUCUGAUUCCCUAAAUAUGCCACACAGUGUCAUAUUAAAUGUAAGAUGUAAGACUUGCAAAGGACAGAAGGUAUCAAUCUUCUGUAGCCACAGCUGGAAGCCAGGGAGGUAACCUUGUUAUUGGGCAUUUGAUGAGGUUGGUAUGGACAGCAAGGGGAAAUGAGUGAAAACUGUGUUACAAGGUGUGGUAAAAUAGUGAAGUCAGUUUCCUCCCAUCAAACCUGAAAUUCUCAAAAUUACUCUCAGGAGUAACAUCCCUGAUUGUCAAAUUUUGAACUGCUCAUCACCAAUACUUGAAUACCAAUAGUUACUAAGAUUCCUGUUUUGGUUAGUCUGACUCAGGAUUUGGGGCCUAAUUAACACUUUAAAUUUUUUGAAAAGUUUAAUUAUCAACCUAAAGAGGCACCAAGUGCUAUUAAUUAUUGAUAACGUAUUUGUACCUUUCACAGAAUUUAAUAAAGACUCCACUUGUUUCUGUCUUUUAAUAACUUUCCCCUUUGUGCCCUCAUGGCCUCAGAAAUCUUAAUUGCACCGGGAACGUAACCUUAACUGACUGAUUUUGGAAGGGUUGGGUUAGGAACCAAGAGGCCGAGGUAAGGCAAAUAUCUUUUUUCUGUACAGGUACCAACAAACCUUAACUUUUCAGCGUCCGUCAUCCAUUAAAAUUCUCAGAAUUUGCAAUUAAUUGAGUAGAAUUCAUUAACUAUUAGCCCAUUCAAAGAAAUUCAAGGGUGUAGAGUAAGCUAACUGGACUUGAACACUGUCCGAAUGUCUGGCUUGGAAACCCUGAAAAACAGAAUGGCCUCCCUGUCACCCUCCUGGUUUUAUUUUUAAUAAAUUUUAAUUUUUAAUUAAUUUUGAAUAAGUUCAUUUUAAUCCAGACUUCUGGGAACAGAUUGCCCAUCACGGGUCCUUAGAAAAGACGUCAUUGUUCCUUACUUGAAAUCCAAAUACUGGGAAUGUCACGGAAGUUGAGGAAAUACUGGCAAGUAAGAGGAGAGCAUGAAUAGAAUUUGAAGAGUAAAAAGGAGUGAUCAGAGAUGCCCCUCUAACUUUCUUUUCUUCCAGUACUAGUAAUGCAAGAUUAGAAUCAAGGUUGACAGGAGGCAAGAUCAUUCACCAAAGCGACAGAAGGAGAAAAAUCUGCCACCUUCGCACCUCACUGCCUUUAAACGCAGCAGGAAGGGCAAGCAGAAUCUAGCAUUUACGUUUUUCCUCCAAGAGAGGAAGAGAACAAGGUAGGCGGGCAACUCCAAGCCCCCAGCUAGCCUUCCUGACCUUAACCUCCAACCUCAGGAAAGGGACCUUCCCCAAACAGAUUCCGACAGAAAUAAGGUAGACCAAGGAGGUGUUCUCCUCUCUCAGCCUUUCAGCCAGUGGACCCUGCCUGCUUCUCUCUCAGUGCUCAGCACUCUGCAGAGUGUCUUUCAAGUUGACAAAUUCUCCCGAGGUGCAGGCCCCACCCCAUGAGCCCCGCACCAAGUGGAAGUUAUAUGUCAGACUGUCAAGAUCAUUUCUUUAUCUACAGGUUGGCAUUUAGCUCAAAAAAUAAGCCCAGACCUCAAGGAAAACCAGUUGCGAAUAGCUUAGACCAACAGUGCAUCUCUUCCCUAAGAAUGACAGCUUUGUAGUAAGACAUCUUUGCAUGGUAUGGUAGCAUGAUUUUUGCUUGUGGGAAAACUUAACUUGCAUUAAACCCCUUGGACUUCUCAACGGCUCCCUCUCCACACAGUAGUACUCAACAAGAAUGUUUGGCUUUAGAAAGCAAAAUUCUAUUUUCAGAAGACAGCGCUAGUAUAUGUAUGUAUUUGCAAGCUGAAAUCAGGAUGGGGUGGGAUCAUUUUUUGCGAAUAGAAUGGAUUUAUUUUGUGCAGGUUGUUAACACAUCUGACACCUCGUUUUUCCAUUCAUACUACUUCUGUUUUCACUUUUUGUAAAGUAGCUUCUGCUAUCAAGGUCAACAAUGCCGUAUGCUUUGGAAAGCUAAUUUCUGAUUUCCUUCUGUGAGUUUUCUUUAUCUUGUAGCCAGCACAGUACCACAGAUACCAAUUACAAACUGCUGGUGAUAGUGCGAUUUUUAGCCAUCAAAUGUGCAUUCUUAAAAUCUGUUCAGUUUUCUGUCUCCCUGUGGUUUGUGUGCAUUUAAUAAAAGGGGGGGGGUGCGUAUAUUCCUUUAGCUGCUUUGCUUGCUUAAUCCAGUCAUCACAAGCAUAAAUGAUGUCAAUAUUUUCUCUAUCUUGGUUUUCAAGUGUCAUUUUACAUUCUCCAUACACGAAUUUGUCUGUUGUGGGAUACAAGCCUGCGAUGAGUGUGUAUAUAGAACAUGAACAAUUCCUAUAAGGAUGGACAUUAAAUGGCUGCAUGAUGGAAACUUAGAAGUAAAAAACAAAAGGCAGCAACUUGAAUUCAUUAAGCAUGUUUGGGGGAAAAUAGAAUCUUUAACUCAGUGCCUCUGUCUGCAAUGUGGAAAUCUUCAACUUUGUUCACCAAAAUUGUAUUAUACCUGUGUGUGUGUGUGUGUGUGUGUGUGUAUAUAUAUAUAUAUAUUCACCAUACUAUAUUUAUAUGUAUUGGUAUAUAUAUAUAUAUAUAUAUACCAAUACAUAUAAAUAUAGUAUGGUGAAUCAGACAACCACCGGUUCAUCUGGUAGCCAAAUUAAAUAACCCAUAGGCUAACACAUGCGUGCACACCAUCUUCAUCUCUGACUAGUGAAGACCAUCAAAAUGACUGUCCAUUGUGCUACUUUGGAUGGAUUUCUAAUAUGAAAUGCCCAUGUGCUUUUCGUUGACUGUAGUACAGCCCUGCCGCUUUGACUGUGCUUUCCCAGGAUAAGAAGGUCUCCGUGUUUUUACCCCAUAAACUUUGUCAGAAGUUAGCUCUGAAGACCAUUUCAUUUUUCUACUUUUGGGCUGUAAUAAGCAAAGGAAAAGCUUGAAAACAGGAGGCCAUGACAUUUUUCUGUUACCACCAUUGUAACAGACAAUAUGCAUUCGCUGGUGAACAAAAUCUCAUGGUUUUGCAUCUGUGUCGGUGGGAAAUGGUUUUAAUUUAUCUGGAGGUAUUUAUUAACCAUGUAUUCAAUAUUUGGUUGUGAAAAGAAAUCUCUUAAGGAGCGCAGUUGUGGGUAGGUAACACAGACACUUAAACGCAAGACCCUCCCCCAAAAGUAAUUAUGUGGUUUUCUUUGAAGUCACUAAUGAAGUUAGUGACCUAAGAGAAAAGAUUCUGACAUUUCUCAAGAAAUCAUUUCAAGGCUAAUAUAUUUAUGUGUAUUUUUAAAUUCUUUCCUUAGCAUCUCUUCAUGGCUCAGAGACAGCAAGGUCACAGAUUUAGGUCAGUAGGAAUUGUACUCUUCGGAAGGGUCCAAUUUACAUAUUAAUAUAAUGUGUACUCGGAUAAUCCAAUAGACAAGAAUUCUCUAAACAGUUUUAGUCCCUUUCUGAUGGAUCAUCUGACUCAGUAAGCUAGUUGACCAUCUGCCAUCUGAGCCAUAAUUCUUGAAAUUAAAAAAUGUCUGUCCAGUGACUAACUGGUCAUGGAUAGACUAUUUAAAAGUACGCAUUCUUGCUGGAACUGAACUGCUACACAAGAGCACAGCACGGGCCUGGGGAGUAGCACAUACCAGGUUCUUCUGUGUUCUACCUUCCAAAUAAUCUGUUUGCAUUUGAAAUGUAAGUGCUUAAGCUUUGCAGGACUUAGUGCAAUAAGAGAAUGUGAAUACGUUGAGAACUUCCCAGAUGCGUUAUUAAUUGUAAUUUUGUUGUUAACAAAUGCUUUAGGAUAAGCCUCUUGGUGUUUCGUUUUGGUGGGGUUUUUUUGUUUUUUUAAUGGAAAGCAUGUCUGUUGAAUUGCAAGUUGCCCUUCAGUUUCUGCGUAUCCCCAAGAAGAGGUUCGUUGCGUUGCUGUUAUACUUUAUGCCACCUCCGUGGAGCUUCAAGUGUAAUUUUUAGCGUUUACAUUUCGAGCUGGGAUCUUGAUCGGCUGAGUUAGUCAAUAUACCACUGCCACAGCUAAAGGACCAAGUUUUGGGUUGCACAGUGUUACAGAUUUACCAGCAAAGCAAACAAAAGUUGACCCUCACACAUGCCAUCGUUCUGUGUCAUUUUAUGGCUGUUUUGUGUUUUUUCCCCCAGUUAUUUAUUAUUGUUAACUUACUUUUUCUUACAUUCUAUUGUAAAUAAAGUACAAAGCAAUCUUCUUUCCAA